UUAGGGGUUCACGUAACAGGAGAGCCCCUCAAAAGAAGGAAUACCUUACAGAGGUACAGGUAGGACACAACCAGAACAAGGCUAAGCAUCCUCAACUGGUGACAUGUCGCGCAUGCGCAACUAGAACAGCCCCGCCCUUCCGCGAGAACGAGAUAAAAUGCUCAGUAACGAUUGGCUUUUUUGUAUGUCUGUUGCGCCCGAAGACCAAUAGGAAGCGGAGAACACAAUGAAGCCUGGUCGGUGACUGUUUGAAUUUGGGCGGGCUUGGGAUCGGCAAGUUUGUUCCCGGCUCUUCCAGCUUUGGCCAUGGAGGUAUUUCGGGACAUGGAGGAUGUAAGCCAGGGACUGAUUGGUCUGCUCAACGCCAACCGGGCCGGGGCGUGGGUGCGGCGGUUCCUAGGGAAGCAAGAACGGAUGAUCGAGAGGCUUCUGGACUUGAAAGAGAACGCUGAAGGGUUUCUCUCAGAGAUCCUUGCUAUGGAGGAAGAUGUGGCCCAGAAACUUGUUGAUGAGAAAGAAACAGCACAACAUGUUGAAUCUAAGUUACAGAAAAUUGAAUCUGAACUUCAGAAGGCCAGCGAGAAGAAUGGCAGUUUAAAGGCCAAUCUCAAUCUGUUGACAAAAGAGCUGGAAGAGCUCAAGGAAAUGGAACAAGAUCUCCUAAGGAUGGAGGGAGAAGUGGAUGAAGAUACCACUGUUGUGAUCCCUUCAGCUGUGUAUGUGUCUCAACUUUAUCAUCAAGUCAGUAAAAUUGAGUGGGAUUAUGAAUGUGAGCCGACUAUCAUCAAAGGCAUUCAUCACGGUCCCAACAUUGCACAGCCUAUCCAUCUGGACAGCACCCAGCACUCUCAGAAGUUUAUCAGUGACUAUCUCUGGAGCUUGGUGGACACGCAGUGGUGACAUUGGCCUCACUGGCAUGGGGGGAGGUAUAGGAGGCUGUGAAGUAUAGGGCUGCUGCUUCAGGGUGAGUGGUGAUGAAUUGUAGGGAACCCCAGUUAUGGGAGUCUUAUAAAGGAAGUCUUAAGCAUUAGGUUUGUACUGGCUUCUUCUUCCCAUUUGUCCUUCAAACCCCAUUAUAUGUUUGGUUCAGAGUCAACAUAGUAUGGCCUGAGGAUGAUGUAACAGGAAAAACCACUCAUCUAGCUCCCUGAGUUCUCAUUCUGGCUCCAUUCCUAACUCGCUUCAUGACCCUUUGCAAACCACUUAGUGCCCUUAGGAAUGGGUCCCGUGAUCAAAUGAGGACAACUGUUAGGGCUUCUAACUCUAGAGUUCUGUGAAUGUGUGAUUCAUCUCAGCUUCUGAGAAUAUGCUCUGAUCCAUCUGUCAGUGACCUGGAAUAAUCAGUAUUUUCAGAGGAAUUAAGGAAGGAUUUGAACCCAUGAUUUCACUUCAACGUGAUAGCCAGGAUAGCAUCUACCUGGCCAUCCACCUGAGAGUAAGUGGCAAUUUGAGGCCUCGAGUCCCUGGCGUAGAUGCUGAGUCAAAAUGUCCACUCGGCCAUUUCCCCUGAACUCCAGGCUCACCAUCAAAAGCUAGGGCUGAGCCACCAGUCAGGAGUGGGGAAAGGGCUACACCAAUGUCAAGAGGAAGGAUCAGCCCAGCAGGGGAGGAGCAGAAUUCUUUUGGCUUUUGCCUUGCUGUCUAACAGCUGCCAGGAGAUGGCACUAAGAACAAAGCCCGGAGCCCCACUCCUCCCUCAUUCUUGUACAUUUUAGGCAAACCAGUUGACUAGCACUUAUGAAGCACCAACUGUGUACCAGGUAUUUCCCAGCCCCCACAUGAGCCUUAGACUUCUGGGAGAAUAGUAAUGAUUUAAUUUCCACAUGGCCCUCUGCCCCAAGGGAAUAGGAAAGAAUUCAAACCUAACCCAAGGAAUUGGGUGUUAACAUUUGAAAAUAGCAUUAGUGACUCCAUUUUGCCUUUAUCCACCAUUCUGUGAAGCCGAGUUUCAGCUACUGAAGUUACAAGAUCCCUCCUCUCCCCAAAAGUCGGCCGGCCUAAGGAGUGUUAUCAAGCUACCCCCUCUCUCACCUUAUUAUCUCCCAGUGCCCUCCACCAAUGAGAAACUAGAUAUCUCGGGCCCAAUAAUCCUAUUUUUCACUCUCCAAAUGAUAUAUUAACUAUGUAGAAACCAAGCUCCGGGGUCCUUGACGACCGAGGACCGUGGUCUCCAUUUGUAACUGCAUGCAGUGCUAAAUAAAUUAUCUGGAUGAAA